ACUGACAAUCACAAUGUGCUAUAACCUUCAAAUCAAGUUUCGUUUAAAAACAAUGUGCAAGUUGAAGGAGACGUAAUUUAACUGUUGCAGACAGUGGUACUUAAUUUUCCGUUUGUAUAGAAUCGUUUUAAAUAACAAAAUGAAUAUUUGUAUUCAGCUAAAAAAUGUUUCCAAAAUAUGUGGCAAAAAUAGAGUGACGAUUAUUCAUUCCCAUAAAUUAAGUACAAAAUCUAUGGAACAAAGUGAUAGAGCUGUGAAUGAAGCUGAAAAAUUAGUAGGUUACCCAACGUCAUUCUUGAAUCUUAGGUGGUUAUUGAAUGACGAAGUUGCAAAUGUAGCCAUACAUUUGAAAAAAUUAAUUGGUACAAAACAUCCACUUGUGAAUACUGCAAGAGAAUUACUUUUAAAUAAGGAAACACCAUCAUGGGGCCUUCUAGUACUAUUGAUUUCCAAAGCUGGUGGUUUGAGUAAUAAAUUUUCUAAACUUGACUGUGAUAUAAAUGCUGGUAUUUUACAUAGCCAAAGAGUACUUGCUGAAAUAACAGAAAUGGUACGCACAAGCAACAUAAUUCACAAUAGUGUUUUAAAUAUAUCAUCCGAUGAUGAAUUCAAAGAUGAUCUACAUUUCGGUAAUAAACUAUCACUUUUAACGGGUGACUACCUAUUGAGUAAUAGUUUUAAGGAAUUAGCCGCUUUAAAGUGCCAUCCUGUAAAUGAACUCGUAUCUACUUCCCUUAGAGAUUUAACUGAAGCUUCUUUUAUUGAACCAAGAGAUAGUCAAAACAGACCUCUUCCAGCGUCACCGUUAUCUAAACAAAAAGAACCAUUACUGCCUCAUUCGUAUGAAAAAGAUUUAUUGAAGAUGUCAGAAGUUAUGGGUAACGUUAAGGCUGAAUGGACAUUGAGGCAUCUAUUGGGCGGAGGUACCCUGUUAGGAAAAUGUUGCCAAGCGUCAUUAAUGUUGGCUGAUCAUCCGGAAGAACUGGAAAAAGCUGGGUAUUUAUUUGGUAGAAACAUUGCUUUAGCUUUACAAAUUAGAAAGGAUAUAUCUCAAUACAAUUCUGGACGAAAUGGAUCUUUUAGUUUGAUUAACGCUCCGCUCAUGUUCCAUAUUCAAGAUAACCCAGAGUACUAUGAAAAUCUCAUGGUAGAUGUUGAAGAUGAUAGUAUUAAUUACAAUAGAAUUAGAAACGUCGUUUCUAGAGGGAAAGGAAUAGAAAAAUCUUUAGAAUUACAAGAAGAAUUUAUUGUUAAUGGAAGGAAUGCUUUGAGAAUAUUUCCAGAAAGUAGUACCAAACAGGCGCUAGAUAAUAUUUUACAAACUAUUUAAUAUUUUUUGUUGGUUAAAAUAGAUAAUUUGUUGAACUAUAACACUAAAAAUUAUACACUCUGGACCUUCGAGUCGGAAAGUAAAGGCUGGAAGGACCAGAUAUUGUUGUUCUGAAUGUUAUAGUAAAACUAUAUUUAGUGUAAUAUAUUGUAAAUAAUUGAAAUUCUUAGUUGAUGAUAAACGUUGCUAGUCAAUUAUAAUAA